AUGACCUCGUACGGCAAGGACUUUGAAAUUGGCGGUGGGCCUUACGAGGUGAAGAACCCAGGUUACGUUGCCGCCGAUGAAGAGAAGAACCAUUACGAUGACGGCCCUCGCCGCCCUAGUGCGGUCGGGUCUGUGAGAGCAAUUACCGACCAGACGCACCGAAAGCUCAAGAGCAGACAUAUCCAGCUUAUCGGUAUCGGAGGAACUAUUGGCACUGCUCUAUAUGUGCAGAUUGGUCGAGGUUUGAUGAAUGGAGGCCCUGGAAGUUUGUUCCUUGCAUUCUCGCUAUGGUGUACUGUCAUUCUAGCUGUGACGCUCAGUAUCGCAGAGAUGGUUACUUUUCUCCCCAUAUCCUCGCCCUUCAUUCGAUUCGCUGGAAGAUUCGUGGACGACGCGUUUGGAUUCGCUGCUGGCUGGAACUUCUUCGUUUUCGAAGCUGCUCUCGUGCCUUUUGAAAUCGUGGCUUGCAAUGUCAUUAUCGGGUUCUGGUCUGAUGUAGUGCCUACAGGCGCCAUCAUCGCCAUCGUGCUCGUGCUCUACGCUGUAAUAAACAUGAUGGCCGUCAAAUGGUACGGUGAGACGGAGUUCUGGGCCGCCAUCGGUAAAGUGCUUCUUAUCAUCGGUCUGCUCAUCUUUACCUUCAUCUCCAUGUUGGGAGGCAACCCUGAGAAAGACCGCUACGGAUUCCGCUACUGGAAGAACCCGGGGAGUUUCACAGAACUUUACUACGAAGGCCAGCUCGGUCGCUUCCUGGGCUUUCUCCAGUGCCUGAUCCAGGCUUCUUUCACAAUUGCCGGACCCGAUUAUGUCUCAAUGGCUGCAGGAGAGACAGAGAACCCACGCAAAGUCAUGCCUCGCGCUUACAACGCCGUCUUCUACCGUUUGACCACUUUCUUCGUACUCGGCUCGCUAGCCGUGGGUAUCAACGUGCCUUUCAACGACCCAGAGUUGAUUGGCGCCUUCCGUGACGGCAAGCCAGGUGCGGCAGCUUCACCCUACGUCAUCGCCAUGAACCGACUCCGUAUCGAAGGCCUGCCUCACGUUGUCAAUGCUGGUGUCCUUGCCUCCGCUUUCUCCGCCGGAAACUCCUACGUCUACUGCGCAUCUCGUUCCCUCUUCGGUCUUGCUUUGGAAGGAAAGGCACCUAAAUUUCUUACAAAGUGCACAAAGCAAGGUGUGCCUUUCUACUGUGUCCUCUUCGUCCUCAUGAUUGCCCUCCUUUCCUUCCUUCAGCUUGGCCAAAACUCUGCUGUUGUGCUAAACUGGUUCGUCAGCUUGGUAACGGCGUCCCAGCUUAUCAACUUCAGCGUCAUGUGCUUUACCUUCCUGAAGUUCUACAAGGCGUGUAAGGUACAGGGUUUGGAUCGAGACACAUUGCCAUACAAAGGUAUGGCACAGCCUUACGCGGCAUGGUAUGGCCUCGUCACGACUUUCGUUAUGACGUUCGUUGGAGGUUAUACUGUGUUUUUGAAGGGAAUGUGGGAUGUGCCUUCAUUCUUGUUCUCGUACUUGAUGGUGUUCGCGUUUCCCGUCCUCUUCAUAUUCUGGAAGCUUGUUAAGAGAACAAAGUGGAUUCCAGCACACGAAGCGGAUCUUGUGACUGAUCUCGCCGAGAUCGAAGAGUACCAUCGUACGUUUGUGGAGAAGCCAGAGACCAAUGCUUUCAACCGUGUUUUGGACAAGUUGUUCGGAUAG